AUGCAAUUCGAAUCGUCUACGCAAGAAGGGAAACAACAUCCACUCCCAACUAUGGACACCGGUCCUUACAAGAUAGUGGUGAGACUCUUGCCUCCCAAGCUAGAUAAGCAGGUAUUUUAUGAAACAACUGCAAAGUUCAUUGACGAUCCAGCCAAUAACUCAUCAAUUUCUCAUACAUACUUUGUCCCAGGAAAAUAUCCUGCCAAUCCUUAUGAACUCCCCAUUUUCUCUAGGGCUUAUCUCUCAUUCAAUGAUAAAGUCUCCUUAACCCUGUUCCUCGCCAAAAUUUCCGUUCCUGAAUCAGAGUUCUCAUUCAGUGACGAUCGACAAUCCAAUGUUGUUCCCCAAGUUCAGAUGUGUGAUUACCAGGAAAGCACUUGGUUACCUAACGCCAAAGAAGAUGACCAUGAUAGUAUCCAAUGGGCUAAGAAACAACCACUUAACAACACUUUAAGUCUGGACCCUUUGUUUGAAAGAUUUUUGAAAUUUUAUAACAGCGAAGAUCGAGAAAAUAAGAAACCUUAUCUCGAUAGUCGUCAAUUACGGAGACUAGAUAGGUCAUUUGCUCUGCUGAUAAAGCCAAAGGCACAAAAUAGAGCUCUACAGAAGAAAACUACCAAAAAUUCUGAAGCCAAGCGCGUCAAUUCAGAAAAUCUGGAAAAAUCGAGGCGAGAUUCCAAUCUCUCAAAAGAAGUUUCUGGGUCUUCUACUAAUGUUAAAUCGGAUCUAAUUUACAUAGAUACUCUGUUCCCCGAGUCAACCUCUUCCAGAUCAAAGAAGCUGGUGCAGAAAAAAAGAAAGCCAAAAAAACUCGGUGAAGCCAAAAAGAGCAAUAAUGAACAAACUAAAGAAUCGAAAUCUUCAAAGAAUGCGCCACAAGCAGAUGAUAAUUCUAAAACUGAAGGUAAAAUUAGGUCAGAAGACAAAUCAAAAUCUGUUGAUACAAAUCAAAAACCACCAAGAAAGGCCAGAAGUAGACCGAAACCAAAGAAACCAAAAUCUGACGAAGAAUCAAAGGAGAAAUCUAGGCCAAGCGGGAAUUCCAAGGACACUAAUGAGAAUCGAAAAGAAAAACAAAGGCCAUCAAGAUCUGAUAUUUCUGAUGGUACUGCUUCUGAACCUAAGCUCAAGAAGCCCGCUGAAAGCGAUGAUACUAAAGCUACAAAGAAAUCGAGGCCAAAAUCGAAAUCAAGAAGAAAGGUUGCUACUAAAGGUGAUGACAAUCUUGCAUCGUCUACCGUGGCACAGUCAUUUCCUUCUUCGACAUCUGAAUCAUCGUCACAUUCUCAAUCAAAGAGCACUUCUCCCCCAUUUAAGAAUUCUAAGCCAAAGAUCUUGAAACGAACUCCAAAACCUAACGAUGACUCUAAACAUAAAGCAAAGGUAGUUCUCAAGCAGAAAGAGUAA